GGAAGCGGCUGCCUAGCAACCAGGUAAACCAGCGAUGGAGGCGGAGGGGCCGCGGGACGCCUCAGAAAAGGAAGACUCAGAGGAGUCAAGACAACAGGAUUUAGAAGAUGGAGAGAAGUCUGACAUUUCCAGAGAUCCUGAAACAGAGCUGGACACAGAGAAGCCAAAUGAGUCCUCAACAGAAGGAAAGGAAGAAUCGGAGAAAGAGAGUAUUGAGGGGACUAUAUCUGGUGACGACUUAAACCAGCCAGACUUGGCAGAUGGAGAGAAGUUUGACAUUUCCAAAGAUCCUGAAACAGAGCUGGACACAGAGAAGCCAAAUGUGUCCGCAACAGAAGGAGAAAUGGAAGUCCCAGAGAACGAGAGUUCUGAUGAGAACGAACCUAGGAAAGGUUUGGAUCAGGAGGAUCAGGCAGAUGUGGAAAAGUUUGACUCUUCAAAGGAUUAUGCAGGAGAGCAGGAUGCUGAGAAGCUCCCUGAACCAUCGGGAGAAGAGGAAGUCAAAAGUAGUGCCCCUAAAGAACCACCUGGCGAAGGAGAAGUAUCAUCCACUCCAGAGGGACAGGAGGAAGGUGUAGAGAAGGCAGUGGAAAGUGCAGAGGCAGAUACCAGUAGUGUCCAGGAAAGCAAAAGUAGUCCCUCAAAGAAACCACCAGGUGAAGGAGAGGUACCACCAAUUCCAGAGGGACAGACAGAAAGAGUAGAAAAGCCGGUGGAAGGUGCUGAGUCAGAUGGCAACAGUACCCGUGAGUAUUGCCCCCUCCUUGAGAAGGAGGAGGAGGAUACUGAGAAACCCCCAGAGCAAGAAAAAAAGCCUGAGAAGCUAGAAAGGAAAAUCUCAGAGACCUUCUUCUAUAACUAUGAAGAUUUGUGCUCACAACCCUUUGUGACGUCAGACUCUGGGAUACCAAUUAACCUCCUCACUCUCAUACACUCUUUUGGUUAUGACUGCACCAAAAGGGCAAACCUGCAGUUGCUGGAUAGUCAAACACUCCUCUAUGUAGCAGGCAACCAGCUGGUGCUCUUGGACCUGAAAACUAAAUAUCAGAGUUAUCUCCGGAGCAGCAGCGGUGGUGGAAUUGGCAUUAUCACGGUACAUCCUAGUAAACAGUAUUUUUCAGUAGGAGAAAAAGGAUGGAAGCCAAACAUCAUCAUCUAUGAGUUUCCUUCACUAAAGCCAUACAGAAUACUCCGAGGUGGGACUGAGGAAGCCUAUGCAUUUGCUGAUUUUAACCAUUAUGGAACGUUACUGGCCAGCGUUGGGAGCAGCCCUGACUACAUGUUGACAAUCUGGGAUUGGAAACAGGAAAAGAUUGUGCUGAGGUCAAAGGCUUUUUCACAGGAUGUUUAUAAGGUCACAUUCUCUCCUGAAAAUGAAGAGCAACUCACCACUUCUGGAUCAGGACACAUCAAGUUCUGGAAGAUGGCCCAUACAUUCACUGGGCUCAAGCUACAGGGAGCAUUGGGAAGGUUUGGUAAAACAGCUGUGACUGACAUUGUAGGGUAUGUGGAACUGCCUGAUGGGAAGGUUAUCUCUGGAUCUGAAUGGGGCAACUUGCUGCUUUGGGAAGGGGGCCUUAUCAAAGUAGAGCUCUGUCGAACUGGACAUAGACCCUGUCACAAUGGCCCUGUUAAUCAGUUAGUUCUGGAUGAGGGAGAGCUGGUCACUGUUGGAGGAGAUGGCUACAUUAGGGUGUGGGACUUUGAGACGAUAGAUGCAGCUGAUUCUGUGGAUGACAUGGGUCUACUAGAGAUGGACCAUAUGAAUGAACUUCUCGUUGGCAAGAAUGUCAAUUUGAGCUCGAUCAUGAAAAUUCAUGAACUUGGACAGCCCAUUUGGUAUGCUCAGGAUUCCAAUGGAGCCAUCUGGAAGCUUGAUCUGAGUUUUUCAAAUGUCACCCAUGAUCCAGAGUGCCUGUUUACCUUUCACUCUGGAAAGAUUGAAGCCAUGGGUGUCUCUCCUGUCACAUAUCUCAUGGCCACUACUGCACUUGACCACUCAGUGCGUAUCUAUGAUUUCAUUGGUAAUUGCCAGUUGACUGAGAUUAAGUUUAAACAGGGAGGAACAGCACUGACUUGGGCACCCCGAGUGGUAAAUCCCAAAGGAGGUCUAAUUGCUGUUGGGUUUGAAGAUGGCGUUGUUCGCAUUAUUGAAGUUUAUGAUCCCAGGGGACUCGCCAUUGUUGCAGGACGGACCAAUGUAGGGAAUGCAGAGAUGCGUCUGAAACAAGCUUUUAAACCCCACACUGCUGCAGUUACAGCCUUGGCAUAUGAACGAAAUGGGGAAGUACUUGCCACAGGGAGUAAAGACAAAACAGUCUUCUUCUUUGCUGUUGAAGACAAAUAUGAGCCAAUUGGAUACAUUUGUGUCCCUGGGCCUGUGCAGGCAUUAAAGUGGUCUCCACUUUCUCACGCAGAGAGCAUGCUGCUUGUGCUCUGUGAAAAUGGCUUUGCUCUUCAGGUUCCUGCACCCAUCCUUGGAGAACAGGACACAGUAUCCACCUAUGAGAUCAAUGACCUGCCCACACAGUAUUUCCAUUUCUGCAGCAUUAAAUCCCGGAUCAAGAGGGAAGAGGAGAUUGAGCGCAGAGAGAAAAAGAAACAGGAGGAGGAGAAGGCAAGGUUGCAGUGGAUAAAGAAACAGCAGGAGAUGGGAAUUGAGAUAGAAGAAGAGCCAGAGGCAGAGCCUAAGAAAGAGGAGCCACUGCCACCCAUCUAUAUCCCACAGGAGCCCAGCCCCAUUAUCUGCGGGUUUUAUUCAGCACCAGGGAAAUUCUGGCUGUCUUUGGGUGGCUAUGACUCUGGGUACCUCUACCACUGUGCAUUCUCCCCAGUUCAUCAUGAAAUAUCCCCUGAAAGCAGGCAAGAUGAGCCCUUUGAGGUGAUUCCUAUGGAAAACACAGAUGACAACCCAAUCCAAAGGAUCUCUUUCUGCACCAGCAAGCUGUUGAUGUUCUGUGGGAUGAAGGAUGGAGCAGUGCGAGUUUAUCCUCUCCAGGACAAAGACCUGUCAGCAGACAUGAUGAACGGAUACUGGUCCUUCAACAUGCAUGACAAUGAUUAUGGCCAAAUCCAGGAUAUCUACUCUAGUUAUGAUGACCGGUUCCUGGUUACCUGUGGAGCAGAUAGCAACAUCUUUACCUUCAAUAUCUUGUCUCCAGAGGACAUUCAAAGAGAGCUAAAAGCAAAAGUGCCCUCUCCAAGAGGAGAUCUUGAAAAGGAGAAAACUGCAGAAGAUAUUGAGGAUCCUAGUGCCUACAGUAUUGAGAAUGCCAAGCAAAAAAAGGAAUAUGACCAGAUAAUGAAGGCAGCAGAGGACAAAAAAAACAAAAAGAGGCAAGAGCUGAUCAUCCUUAGGCAUGAGUUUCAUCACCUGCUUCAAAGGAACAUGGAGCUGCCAAAGCACAUGCAGCUACACAGAGAGGAAUUCGAGAUGGACCACAGAAUCCGUGAGGAGAUGGAUAGGCAGACAGCACAGAGAAUCCAACUAGUGCAGAAAGAGUUGGCCUGGGAUCAGGAGAAGCACCGCAUUGGGCUACAGAAAUUGCAGAGUCGGUUUCGGGACACAUUGGAAUUUGACACAGUGGUCGUUCAUGCUAUAGGAAGUAAUCAUCAAAUCUCCACAUAUAGGCUCCUGGCAAUCUCCGAGAGGUACUACAAAGCCAGAAAACAAAGUCAAAGAGGGAAAAGGAGAACAAGCAAAUUAGCAAAAGAAGCAGAGCAAAGGCGAGAAAGCCAGAAAGAGACAAGUCAGGCUGCUGGAGUUACUGAAGAGGAGAUAGAAGCUGACAAGCUGAAGAAAAGGCCCCAGCUGCAAGGUGCUGUAGGACGUUUUGGUGGAAACCGACUUGAACAAGUUAGAAAAAUUAUGGAGAAAGCGGACAGGGCCAAAGCUAAGAUUAUGCAAAGAAGGAAGGAGUGGGAUGAACUAUACAAGAGCAAACCCAGUGACAACUAUGAGAACCCCAAGGAUGUUCAGGACAUCAAAGAGGCUCAGGAAAACAUGGGGGAUUUCAAACUGAAGACAGCCACAAACUACAAGAUCCCGGAGCACAUGCGUAUGAACGCAGAGAAGAAGAAGAUGCAGCUUAGGUCGUUAGAGGUGGCGGUCCAUGAAAAGAAAUUGACCAUGAACAAAUGGAUCAUCUCCCUUAGGGACCUCAAGGUGGCUGUUAUUGAAGAGAUCAUCUGCCUGGUCCAAGAACUGAAAUCCAUAAAAUCAGCCUUGGAUGCAUCUGAACAACUUCCUAUUCCCCUGAUCCCUCAGUUAUACCUGGAGGAGACUCCAGAAAAAAAAUUCCAGUAUGACAAUAAUAUUCUCUUGAAGUUCAAACAAGAGGAGGAGAACAAGCAAAGGCUCUCUGAGCAGGUGGAAGAGAAUGCAUCAUUUACAGUGUUUGGGGGAAAGUUCCUUCAUGCACCUUCUCUAAAAGAAAUAGACUCCUCCUCAAGAGCCUCAAGUGUGAGAUCAAUGAGAAUAGGAUCCUCAGUCAUCCCAAUGCAACCAAAGGUUUUUGAGAUUGAAAAGUCAGAGCCAACGGAGAUGGAACUGGAAAUUUUAAAACGGGAGAAGAUCAGAAACAUUUACCUUCAGGAGACCUUGAUCAAGAGGAUCAAUGAACUGGUGAUCACCUUUGAUGCUGAGCUCCACCUCCUGCGGCACCAGAAGCUGAAGCUGGACACGCAGAUGAAGUGUGCUGACCUACGUCACAUCACGUGGUUUGAGGAGCUGCUUCUCCUUAAGAACUUUGAGAAACAUGAGGACACUCUCCAGGAGCGUGUCAACAGCCUCACCAAUGAGGUGGAAGAGAUGCAAUGGAAAUUAGACAACUACCUCUCACAGAUGGAGGAUAAAAAAUAUGAGAUUGCAAAGCUUCAGGAACGCGAGAAGGCACUUUAUGCCACUUUCCAAGCAUCCCUUGGAGAGAACAACAAAUUUGCCAGCUUCCUCACUAAGGUCCUGAAGAAGAAGAUCAAGCGUGUUAAGAAGAAAGAUGUGGAAGGAGACAGAGAUGAAGAGGAGGAUAGUGAUGAAGAGAGUGAUGAUGAGUCUAGCUUGGAGAGCGAUGAAGAAGAUUCAGGAUCUGAAGAUGAAGUCUUCGAUGACUCUGUUUGCCCAAAGAACUGUGAUGAGGCACUCUUCGAAAACACUCUUCAGCUCCGGGAGAAGCGGCUAGACAUUGAGGAAGCCUUAGUGGAGGAGAAGAAAGUUAUUGAUAAUCUCAAAAAGGAAUAUGAUGCCUUGGCUAAAAAGGUGAAAGUGGUGGAAGCCAGCUUGGACACAGCUGAGGGGGAGCUGGAGGCCUUUCAACGGGAGAAGCAGCAGAGAUUGAAUGAGCUCCAUGUUGUAGUGCCUCUGAAGCUACACCAGGUGGAGUACGUGGUAAAUGGGGAGUUACCCACUGACCUGUCCCAGACGUUGGUAUUUACCAACCAGUCCUUGGAGUAUCUGCAGCAAAGGAUCAUGGUCCUGCAGCAUGAGAAGUUGGAUCAGAGGGAGCUCUACAAGCAGGCCCGGCAGCAGCAUAAGGAGCUCAUCCGGGACAGGAGGGAGAUAGAGAUAAGGAUCCAGCGAUUGGAAGAGAACUGUAAUCAGCUGAUGCUGAUGAAGUUUGGCCGGGUGGUAGACUUGGAAGCCCUGCAGACACUCUCUGUUAACACAAACCUGGAAGAGCUAAAGAUAAAAAUGAUGGAGAAAGAGCACAUGCAAGCCCAGGAACUCAAAAAGUGGGAGGAGAAGAUUUUUGAGCUGCGGCAACGGCUGAUGAUGCUGAUGAAAGAGAACACCGGCAAGCUGCAGCAGCUGAACAGCUUGUGUGUUGAAAAGCAGGGACUCGAAAUGAAGCUGGACGCCCUGCAGAAUGACUUGGGAGCAGAAUUCCAAGGCCCCCGGAAAGCUGAGAUCCAGGAGAGAGAGAGGCUGAUUACACUGGUCCAACUCCAGGCCCAGGAGGCAGAAGUACUCAAGGAGGAAAUCACUCUCUUAAGCAGAAAAGAUGGACGCAUCUUCCCACCACCUCAGCCUCCACGUGAUACCAAGAUACUAAACUAAAGUUCUCUCUGUCACUAGCCUCAUUCGUUAGAUAUUUCCCUGGUGAUGGGCAUAUGUCACUGAGAGGCCCUGUCUGCAACCAGCACCAGUCCCAAUAACACGCAGGAUGUCAAAGUUUGGGCCAAAGGUUUUGUCCUGUUUGCAGUCUCCCCUGGGGUUCCAUAUUGCCAGUCAUCCAUAGGGCAUCUUUAAUACAGAGGGACUGUAAACACCGCAGAUCCCAGUAUGCAAUGCUCCCUUUUGAACUUCCAUUCAGAGCCAGCUAGAGCAUCACAGGCUGCAUCUGGUGAGCUGUAGCAAAUGGCUUUGUUUACUGCCGAUUAGGUGCAGUCUUUAUGGACCCUUUAAGCAAAGUCUGCACUUCUGCAAUAAGGACUCAUCCUAUGCUCCCAUGGCUUUUACAAGCUAUUCUUCAUAGCAGUCAGACCUACCUUGGGGUACAGUUGUGCACAGCUCAUUUGCCCCAGACUAAUCAAGGGCCCAGUAUCUGGCUGUCGCCUAUUCACUUCCUUGUCUUCCAGCGAGCAGGGUAGAUCUUCCCUUCAAUGCCUCUUGAAACAUGAUCCAUUUUGUAUCUUCUUCUGCUGUAUGUCAUGGGUAAUUCUUAACUCUAUUAAUUAACCAACACACCCUCACAGGAUAAUAUGCAUAUAGAAUGGGAAGGGGUUACAUGGAUUUUAAAUACGUAAAGUCAGUUUUGAAGCUGGCAUCCUACUGUAGAUAAUAAAAGUUUGUAAGCAGGUUGGAGUGUUUUGAGGCUACUAUACAUAUACAUUUUUUUUUUAAGGCCAAAGGGACCAUUAUGAUUAUGUAGAAUAAAAUGUUCAAAAGUGACUUAGUUGUCUAAGUGCUUAAGUCACUAAGGUGGCUUUUGAAAUUGUUACCGUUAGUCUGACCUCCUGCAUAACACAGGCCAUAAAAUGUCACCCGCUGAUCCUUGCAUCAAACUGAAGCACUUCUGGUUGAACUGGCGCAUAGUAUUUAGAAAGCCAUCCAAUCUGGAGUUAAAGCGAUGGAGAAUUUUCCUGACUUCAGUUGUCAGCCAUUGGAUCUUGUUAUGCCUUAGGGUGGUGGACUAAGCAGCCCUCUGGUAUCCUAUAUUAGUAUCAUAGCUGACAACGCAAGGCUAAAAAGAUUUCCUUAAAGUUUUGUUUUGGUUUGAUAGUGGGUGCCCUGACGGCUAGGACUAGUUACAAAGGGUAACACUUGUUAACCUGCAAAGAAAGAAAUACAUUAAGAAUGCACUGGAGGCCGGUCAUCUGGGGCAGUCAGAACACUGUUGGUUGGGUGCAAAUUUUAAAUAAUAGUACAUACAGGUAAUAAAGGAAAAGGAGUGGGUAAGAAAGAGGGAUAAAAAUGGAGUCCCAACUCACAUUCACUCCUCUUGUUUUAAACCUUUAUCAUAGUCUUGGCAAUAGAAGAGGCUAGGUAGUGCUCCAGAUACAAUCAUUGAACAGUGUUAGUGAUGUGCUACAGUGAUUUGCGUUGAACGAAUGCUGGAUGUGGUCUUAGCCCUUGUUCAAGAGGGAGCAAUUUUUGAUGUGUGAGAUCUACCCACUGGAAAUUGCACUCCUCAGCUCUAUCUUUAGUACUUAGGUGUAGUUAAUGGGUUUCUUAAGGUUGCAUCUUGUGAUGUACUAUGUCCUGUCAAAGAGCAACUGGGCACGUAUUCCGAGAGAAACACGUUCCACCGGCUGUCUGCUGAAGAGUAGGCUAGCCCAAUACCACAGAUGCUCUCCUGCCCCCUCUGUGGGGGCAGAGGGAGGACACAUUGUGAAAGGGGGGGAAUGAGAGGGAGGAACAAGGUAUUUGGAGGAGCCCAAGACAAGUAUGCUGUACACUGUGGAUGAACUUCUUCAGGGGCUGAAGGGUUAAACUUUGACCAAAUUAGGGAAGGCCAUGGCUAAAUUACAGACUUUGCUGCUUGCUUCGGCUCAGUAGAAAUAAGACACCACAAUGAAUUGGGGUACUGGAGUCAGUGUUAGGGAAAAGUGCACCUGGCGUGUUUGUAGCAGCGAUAGGCCUCAGUCUGUUCUUAUGCUGGUUUGACAUUGGGAUAACUAUGGACUUGGUCCAACCUGUUAGAGGAGAAUUAGCCUGGAUGUGUCAUAGUUUUCUUCUUCCUUUCCCUUCUCCUGGAAUCUGGUUGUUCUUUAACUAUGGACUACGGCACUCCUGCUGUCUCACUGCCUUGCUCAAGUGGUGAGGUUUCAUUCUAAGGCAGGUGUAGCCCAGUCCUAGACAUUAGUGGUCCAGAGCCCUUUUUGAACCAACCCAACUAAACCAACCAACCCUCCUGGGCUCUCUGCCCCUUUUGCGGUUGUUCCAGGUUGUUGUUUGUGAGGUGUUUUGUGUAAAUUGAACCAGGGUCAAACGUGUGAACAACUCUCAGGUUGGAGGGGAAGCAAAGCAACAGCACGACAGAACAGAGCGUGGGAUGCUUCGGUCCUAAAUAAUGUAAAGCAGUUGGAGUCAGCAAGUGGAAAUGAAGAACAGUAAAGAUCCCAGUUGGGCAGGUGCAGUGCAGUUGCACCCAUCACAAUACAGCUAGUGUUUCUUGUACUGUCUGCUUGUGCCCUAUAGGCCCUCUCCUGGACAGUGCCGAGCACCUUCAGCUACCAUUCAAAGGGGCACCUUUACCUACGGACACAGAUGCUAAAGGCUUUUGAAAUGAGGAAAAUGAAAAAGAAAACAGGGAGAGUCUGCACAAAAGACACAUUUUUCUGUGCAGCUCUGUUCACAAAGAUGGAGAUAGAACCCCCACCUUUCCAGCUCGUUCAAAGGUCCGACCUUGUUCCCCCAAUGGGCAUUCUGUCUGGGCUUCACCUGGAGCCGGACUGGGCCUCACCUCUUCUGCUGACUCCUGGAUUUAGAGGAACCAGCUGGAAGCCCUGUGUAAAGCAGUAACUCAUGGAAAACAUCCCCCCUCCCCUGCUCUUGCCAAGGGAGGAGACUGAGCUCAGCAUAGGAGUAUUUAGCAUACAGCAGACCACAGAGAAGACG